UUAGGUCCUCACCGAAGAUCCUAGGAGACAAACAAAUCAAAGAACAGGUCUGUUAUGUGUUGGCGUCCUGUCUUAAAGCUGAAAUGGUUGAGGAAGGGGCGGGGCCUCACCUGCCCGGAGGGGAGGAGUCUGAGAGUGGCCGAGGGGCGGGGCCUGAUCUGGAGGCGGGGAGAGGACGUGGUCGCCGGGACUGCAUCGUUUGCUUUGGCGCCUAUGACUUGUUACAGCGGUUACCACGACGACUCAACUGUGGUCAUACCUUCUGCCAAGCAUGCCUGAGCCGACUGGACACAGUCAUCAACGAGCAGGUGUGGCUUCCCUGCCCCCAGUGCCGUCAGAACACGCCCUCUCCGCGCGGAGGCCCCGCCCACCUGGACCUGGACCUGCACUGCUUCCUGGCCCUGCGGGAUGCUCGCUCCCAGGAGAUGGGGUCAAGGGUAGGCAGUGAGAUCACUAGCAGGAUGACCUUUGAUGAGGCAGGCUUCAAAGGGGCAGGUUUGGAGGCGUGGUCUGGGGGCCCAACAGAGACACGCCUCCAUUACCGCCUUGGCGGCGGUCUUGGGGGCGAGGCGAUUGGGCUGCCAGGAAACGUCCCACCGCGAUGCUGCAGGUUCUUCCACUACUGCUGCUGCUGGCUGUGUUGGGGACGGAGCUAGCAUAGUGGGAGGAGUCUUCCAAUACCACGGUCUGUGUUGGGGCCAGAUCUAACAGAAUGGGAGGAGCCUGUGGAAUCAAGAAAGGAAGGGCCCAAAUAAGGACAAACACGUCAAGUCAGAAUAACUGGGACAAGAUGGAGCUGAAAAGGUCGAGAGAUGUCUUUAAAUGUUAAAGAUAAAUAUUAAAAUGAUUUGUUGCAUAUAACAAUAAUAUAUUAGUUGUAUAUAAUAGUGUUAUAGAUGCAAUAAUACAUCUUUAUCAGAAAUGUCAAAUUAAUAUUUCAAUCUAUUUAUUCAUAUUGUAUUCUGCUCUAGUUGUAAGAGCCGUCUAUACCGAUAUCUAUUGAAUAUACAAUAUUGUACAAUUUUUUUUACAUGCUCUAUAUACAAGUUUGUUUUAAUUCAUGUCGGAUCCUAUUGGAAGGAAUAGGAAUUUUAAAGGUGCACUAUCCAACCUUUUAAAUUGCAUGUUUUGUCAGUAGAUGUCCGAAUAGGAUGUAAACAUCAUCCCCAACCCCCCAACCAUCACAUCCACUUAACCAAAGGAAAGUACCGGAGUGCAACUAUGGCCCUUUUGACGCUUCAAACCAGCAUAGUACAUCUUACAGUAGGCUACAGUGGAGUGAUGGGGUAGCCCAGAAAUUUCCCGAAGCGUCAAGCGAAGAAGUAGCAAAUGUA